AUGGUGGCAUCGCAGUACCCAGCACAUCAACCGCAGUCUGCCGGAAACUAUCAGCAGCAGCAUCAGCAACAACAACCCUUUUCUGCCCCUCCUCCCCCUUAUGAGGAAGCUUCGCCAGCAGGUGAUGGACGUGCAGAUACCGGAAACCUUGAGGCGCUAAAGUUCCCAGACUCCCACGGAAACACGGUGCCGGACUUCUCCCGAGUCGGUUACCGCGAGGGCCAUGUCAAGAUCCCAACAGUGCCUGUUCAGAUGGUCGUUGAGCCAUCACUCGAUCCCUUCAGUGAUGAUACGGCGAGGAUUCAGGCGGCAAUUGACGAAGUUGGUCGUUUGCCCCUUGAGUGUGUAGGCAACGAUGGCGCACGUAUCAGAGGAGCUGUCCUACUGAAAGCCGGUACCUAUCGAGUUGCUGGUGCGCUCAUCAUCAAUGCUUCCGGUGUCGUGUUGAGAGGUGAAGGGCAGGAUGACGAAGGAACAAUCAUUGUCGCCACAGGAAACAUUCAGCGCGACUUCAUCUUGGUCAACGGCAUGCUUCAGUCCGAGAUGGGAAGCGUGGAGAUGCAGCGAGCCAAGGCUAGGACACGUGAGAUGAUGCCGACAAACGGAUACAAAGGCAGCCGGAAGCCUGACACAUAUACUCAGUCUGGAGUCUAUAUUGCUGCUGGGUCAAACCAGAUCCCUGUUUUGGAUACCAAGGGCUACAACGUCGGCGACCGUAUUGUGGUAUGUGCCCCAACAGCGGCCUCUAUUGAGCGACCUGGAUCAGACGAAUGGAUUAGCGACAUUGGCAUGGACAAGCUCCCCCCUCGACCAGGAAACGGCAACCCGUCGACCCAGUGGACUGCAAAGUCGUUCACAUUCCGGUUUGAGCGCAAGAUUGUCGCCAUCGAUCAAGCUACUCGUACCUUUACCAUCGACAUACCCAUGGUGAUGUGCCUGGAUCCCAAGUACCCUCCAGCAAGAAUCUAUGAUCUGAUUCACAAGUUCCCAACCAUCUCAGAUGUUGGUGUUGAGAACCUGCGUCUUGUGAGCGAGUCAGAUCCUGGCAAUCCCGAAGAUGAGAACCACGGCUGGUACGGCAUUGUUAUCGACAACACAAUCAACGGCUGGGUUGCUGACGUAACCACCAAGCACUUUGUCAGUGGUAUCUUUGCCUCAGCCUGGUCUAGAUACAUUACCAUUCAAGACUGCUCGGUUUUGUACCCGGUUUCCAAGCCUACUGAGGGCGGCCGUCGAUACCAAUUCAACCUCAGCGGCCAGAUGGGUCUUGUCAAGCGUUGCUUCACAAACAAGGCUCGUCAUGACUUUAUUACUUUGGGACGCGUUUGUGGCCCCAAUGUGUUUGUGGAUUCGACUGGUGUGGAUGGCAACAACGAUACCGGACCACACGAGCGCUGGGCGAUGGGAGUGCUGUACGACAACAUCACCUGUAACACCAUCAACGUACGACAGCGCGGCUGGAUGGGAUCCGGACAAGGCUGGGCUGGUGCUUUCCACGUCGUUUACAACUGCACAGGCAACGCCAACAACAACUGCUUUCAGGAUCCUCCAGGUGUGACUAAUUGGGUCGUUGGCUUCAAAGGCGGAGUGGCCAAGAAACCCACGUUUGAGGCACCGUGUACAGAACACAUGUCGCCGGACCUUCCUGUCGAGCCAAGAAGCUUGUACUGGGCGCAACUGGUAGCCCGCAUGAAUGGAGAUAUCCUACUUGUCAAGAGAAAUGUUGGAGCAGAGGCCAAGAUGCAAUAUCCACCGCGCUGCUAA